AUGGUGCACCAGAUGUCCAUGGGCCAUCGCUUCAUCCAGGAGCAGUUCAAUAUCACUCCGCGCGUUGCAUGGCAGAUUGACCCAUUCGGCCACUCCGCCACCCAGGCUAGCCUCAUCACCUCGCAGGCUGGCUUGGACGCCUUUAUCUUUGGUCGAGCGGACUACAAGGACAUGGAGAAGCGCAAAGCAGAGCAGAAGAUGGAGUUUGUGUGGCGGGCGGGCACAGGAGCGCCCAGGGAUACGCAGGUGUUCACUGGGAUUCUGUACGACGGGUACUACUCGCCACAGGAGUUCCGCUACCAGCAGACAGACAGCCCAGAGUACCGAUUCAGGGACUGGCCGAACGAGAGAAAUCCCAACGUGGAGCAAUUUGUGAACUUCUUUGUUCAGGAGACAUUGAACAGGGCGCGGGCGUUCCGCACGAACCACCUGCUGUUCCCCAUGGGCGAGGACUUCUCGUUCAACGAGGCCAUCAUGUGGUUCAAGAACAUGGACAAGCUCAUUCACUACGUCAACCUGGAUGGCCGGGUCAAUGCCCUCUACUCCACGCCGUCCCUCUACGUGGACGCCGUCCAAAAGGAGAACAAGACGUGGCCUCUCAAGACGGGUGACAUGUUCCCUUAUGCCGACGCCCCGAACUUUGUCUGGACGGGGUAUUUCGCCAGCCGGGCAAACUUCAAGCGUUAUGCUCGCGCCUGCAGCUCCCUGCUGCUGGCGACCACAAUUCUCGAGGCUGCGGUGGGCAAGACCGAUCUGAGGGACUGGGGGCUGAAGACCCACAGGAUGAUCGCUACAGACGAGUUUCUGUUCGACAAUCACCUGGGAAAGAACCUGAAAGCCACCAGCGGGGCGGAAGGGGCAGAUAGCAGUGGAGUUGGGGGAGAGGGUGGGGGAGGAGGGAGUGGAGAAAGGGGAGAGGGGGGGAAUGUGGACAGUGGUGAGUGGGAGGAGUGGGAGAGGGUGGGUGCGGGUGCGAGGAGGAGGAGGGUGGCGUCAACGUUUCCUUUGGAGGAGGCAGUGGCGGUGGCACAGCACCACGAUGCCAUCACAGGAACGGCCCAGCAGCACGUGAAUGAUGACUACACACUCCGCCUGCACCGAGCCGCGCAGGAGGUGAGGAAAAAGGGGGGUAGGGGGUUUGGGAAUGGAAGAAGUGGGAGAAGGGGCUUAGAUGACAGAGCAGCACAAGAGGCCUCCACUGUAGUAGCAGCUGCUCUCGUUCACCUCAUCACCCAGGCAACCCCCAUCGCUCUCCGAACGCGCCCCUCCUCCCCAACACCCAGCUCGCUUCCCAAUGAUCCAUCCCGUGCCUUCUUCACACCCACUGCCGACCCAACAAUGGGACCGUCAGACUUCCCUCCCUUCAAUUCCCAGCCUGGUGACCCCACACUUGAUCCUGCUCAGUUACAAGCCGAGCCAUGGGCUCCUGUGGACCCGAAUCAGCCCCAGUCGUUUCCCGAGAAAUCAACCCUCGGAACUGUGAGUCCGUUCGAUCCGCCUAUGCCGGAGGGUAGCGAGCCUGACCCGCUGUUCUCUCAACUGCACCCAGAAUUGACUCAGGGUGAUGCAGGCUCGAAUGAGGGGGAGCCGCAGCACUCAGUGGAUGUGCCUUCGUUCUUCCCUUACCAUCGCCAAGUGCCCCCUGUUGAAGAGACACUCCAGUCGCAGCAGAGAGUGCAAUGGACAGAUGAGAACGCGCAGGAACGGCCCACAGGGCCCGUUGAUGUUCACGGUCCACAAGAGGAGGUUUCGCCUGGGAGACGGGGGCAAGAGAUGGUGCUGGGUGGAAGGGAUACCAGCACUGCGGGAGAGAGUAGCAGAGUGGUGGGUGGGGAAACGGGGAGGGAAGGGAGUGGCGCAGGCAGCAGCAACAGGGGAAGGCGGCUUCUGAGGGAGGGACGGAGUGCGAGCGAUGUGCGCCAAGGGAAGGAGGACAGCGAGCAAGCGAGCGUUGAGGGUGGUGAUCGAAGGAGUGCAAGCGAGGGAGGGGCGACGCACGAUAUGCCUGUGCUGGACUUUCAAAUGUGUCCGCUGCUCAACCUCUCCUUCUGCCCCCCAUCUGAAACCAACCUCAGCCAAGACCAAGUGCUGGUGGUGACUGUGGUCAACCCACUAGGGUGGCCCCGCACUGAAAUCGUUCGGUUCCCGGUGUCCUCGCCAUCGGUCCUCGUGACAGACUCGUCCAACUCCCCCAUCCCGGCUCAAAUCGUCACCGAAACCCUCGUAGACCCCAACACACGCGCCUUCUACGUUGCUGCAUACAAUGGCCAGUUGCCCCAGGAGCCCCAGCAGUCUCAGCAGCAGCCCCAGCAGCCAGGGCAGCAGGAGGGGCAAACGGAUGGGGGUCAGGUGCAGCAGGAGGGGCGGGCUGUGUCAGUUGUGUUCCGUGCCGAGGUGCCUCCUCUUGGUUACGCCACCUUCUUCCUCACUGCCGUGUCACCAGGCACACAAGGGGCAGCUGUCAUCAGCACUACAGAGUCUGCAACAGUCCCUGCCCUCAAAGGCCCCGCAGGCCCUUCCUCUGAAAAUAUUGUUCUAGGGGGCUUCAAGGCCAACCCAUCUUCUGGUGGAGCGGGUGCUGCUGGCGAGGCUAUCGGUGCAGGCAGGGAUUGGGAUACCGCACUGCGAGUGACGUUUUCCAAGGCAGCGUAUGGCAUGACACAGAUGGAGCUCGUUCGGCAGACUGAUGGCGGGCAAGUGACUGUGGAUGUGGCAAAGCCUGUCAAGUCGGAUGUAUUGGAGUAUGUCACACAAAAGGGUGGUGCCUACAUCUUUGACCCCACUGCUGAAGCAGCCAAACUGACUCAGAGAGACGACCAGGUGUCCAUCCGUGUCCAGCGUGGACCAAUCGUGGAAGAGUUCUCUCGACAAGUUGCCCCAUGGGUCUCAGAGACCUUCCGGGUGUACCCAGAGUGUGACUAUGCCGAACUGCACUACGUGAUCGGACCUACCCCCGAGGACAACAAGGGUCACGAGGUGGUGACCCGUUUCGCAGCUCCCAUCAGCAGCAAUAAGACCUUUUUCACUGACUCUAACGGCAGGCGUUACCUCAAACGGAUUGUGGACCAUCGAGCAGAUUGGGAGCUUACAGUCACCGAUCCCAUCGCAGGCAAUUUCUAUCCGGUGACGGUGGGCGUGUUCAUCGGGGAUGGCGAGUCACAGCUGUCGCUGUUGGUGGACCGAGCAGCCGGUGCUGCCAGCCUGGCAGCCGGACAGCUCCAAGUCAUGCUGCACCGGGCACUGGUUACAGUGGACAUGAAGGGAGUGGGGGAGAUCCUCAAUGAGCAGAUCUCAUUCAAUGGCAACAAUCAGCGCCUCAUGGUCAUAGGCUCUAUCCGCUUUGGCCUGCACCCAGGGGGCAGCACAGCGGUGGGAGAUGAGGAGCAACCUACUGCAACCACUUCAGCCGUUGCCCCUGCUGAUGCUGACGCCACCACUGAAACACCCCCGCAUGGAAGACGAGGGGCUGAAACGGAGGGAGGAGGGAGCAAAGAUGAGGCGCCUCUGGGUGUCUCAGGGAUGGGCCGGCCUAGGGAGAGGCGUGGAGGGGAGAGGCAGGAGGGAGAGGGGGAGAGGAAGGGGCAGGGGGCGCAGUGGAGGAGGGUGCACGCCCAGCGCCUUAUUGCCCCUCUGCAGCUGGCGUUUGCUGUGGAGACAAAGGAGGCCAUAAGAGCAGCGGAGGCAACCCACAGGUGGCGUUACUCCAUCUCGCAGGGAGAACGUGCCAGCAAUUCUCGCACACCCAAGUCUGCUUACUCCCUGCCACCCAACGUUGCUGUCAUCUCCUUCCAGCCGCGAGAGGGUAGCGGAAAUGAAACCCCCUGUAGCGCGGAUGGCGAUACUCGAGAAAGCGAUGCAGUCACGACUGCCACAGCAGAAGCAGCACGGCGAGGCGAAACGAGUUGUGCUGUCCCAGCAGCAGUAGAACGAAGCGCGGGGUCGGUAACGGUGGAUUACUCGGUGCUUAUGAAGCGAAUGCUGACGACGGGGUUUCAGGCCACGUGUCUGGGGCAGGCGAUUAAUGAAGUCAACAGAAUGCUUGCGUGGCGGCUGAGCGACGACCCACCCAAGCCGGACGAUACAGAAGAGGAGAGGGACCCAGCCUUCCGGUCGUCGGUGCGGUGCAAGAUCUUCCUGGGCUUCACAUCCAACCUCAUGAGCUCGGGGCUCCGAGAGACCUUCUGCUUCCUCGCAAAGCACAAACUGGUGGAUGUGAUUGUGACAACAGCGGGGGGCAUAGAGGAGGACGUGAUAAAGUGCCUGGCGCCCACGCUCCUGGGCGACUUCUCCCUGGCGGGGAAGGACCUGCGGGCCAAGGGGCUCAACCGCAUAGGCAACCUGCUCGUGCCGAACAACAACUACUGCCUCUUUGAGGACUGGGUGCUGCCCGUGCUGGAUGCUUGUCUUGAGGAGCAGCAGACGCAGGGCGUGGUGUGGACGCCCUCCAAGCUCAUCGACCGCCUGGGGAAGCAAAUCAACCAUGAGGAGUCGGUUCUCUACUGGGCCCAUAAGAACGGCAUCCCGGUGUUGUGUCCAGCCAUCACGGACGGGUCCCUGGGUGACAUGAUCUACUUCCACUCCUGGCGAAUGAACAGUGUUUCCCCCCACCCCAACAACAAUUCCACCCCUGCGGCUCCCCUCCUCCUCCUCCUCCUCUCUUCCCCCUCUUCCCCACCUCCCCUCUUCCCCCCAGACAUCCGGCGGAUGAACGGUGAGGCAGUGAACGCCACCCCGCGGCGAACGGGCGUGAUCAUUCUGGGAGGGGGGCUGCCGAAGCACCACAUCUGCAACGCCAACAUGAUGCGCAACGGGGCUGACUACGCGGUCUACAUCAACACAGCGAGCGAGUUCGAUGGCAGCGACUCGGGGGCCAGGCCUGACGAGGCUGUGAGCUGGGGGAAGAUCAGAGGAGAUGCGAGUGCAGUUAAGAAUUCCCAUGUGAUUUCACCCAUCCCCUCUGCCCUUUCACCCAUCUCCUCCAUCCUCCAUUUUCCCCUUGGCCACCUGCAGGUGUAUUGCGAUGCCACCAUUGCCUUCCCCCUGCUUGUAGCCGAGACGUUUGCCCCCCACUUACAGGAGCGAGUGCAGCAGCAGGAGCAAGCAAAGCAGGAGGUGCAAGCAAAGGAGUAG